UUGAUGAUUUAAGUUAAUAUUCUCAUAAUUUUGGGUGUAGGUGACUAAUAAACUUGAGUAUGUCUUCAUUGGCAUCGGCGAGUGCGAAUAAAGGUAGAAGACAAGAUCCGACUUGGAAGUACACUUCUCUAGUUGAGGAAGGGAAUUCCAACAAGCACAAGUGUAUUUAUUGUAAUAAGAUCACCAAUGGUGGCAUAUCAAGGCAAAAGGAGCAUCUUAUUGGAACGACGAGGAAACGUAAAAAUGUUUCCCUUUGCAAUAAAGUUCCUUCGAAUGUGGUUGAUGAGCUUAAAGAAUAUGACAAAAAACAAGCAAUUAUUAGAAGACAACAAGCAGUGGAAAAUUACAUGCAGGAUCUUGAAGAUGAUGACAUGGUUGAAAUAGAUGAAGUUGACGAGGUUGAAGAACAAGCACAAGCAACUAGGAACAAGGGAAAUGAGCAAUUGACUUCUACUUCUAAAUCAUCUUCCUUAUCUACAAGAGGAAGGGGAAGUGUGGGAUCUUCAACAAAGAGGAAGGGGCCUAUAGAUUCAUUUCUCUCAUUUGACCCGGAACUGGAUGUAGCCAAAGAUGAUAGAAGGCGAAAAUUGCGGCAAACAAGCAUUAAAGAAGGCCUCAACAAAGAUGUAGUUGCUAAAGGGCAUCAAGAUAUUGCCCGUUGGUGGUAUCAAGCGGGAAUUCCUUUUAAUGUCGUACAACUUAGGUCCUUUAGAAUUAUGUUGAAGUCAGUGGGGGCUUUUGGGCCUAACUUGCCACCUCUAACAUUCCAUCAAUUACGAGAGUCAUUGCUUAAGAAGGAGAAGUACACUGAAGAUCUCAUGCAACCUCAUAAGGAGGUUUGGGCCAAAAAAGGAUGCUCUUUUAUGUCGGAUGGUUGGACUGAUCGGAAGGAAAGGGCUUUGAUAAAUUUUCUUGUGAACUCUCCUCACGGAACAGUAUUUCUUUCCUCUAUUGAUGCUUCCGAUGAGAUCAAGACUGGUGCGAGGAUGUUUGAGAUCUUAAAUGAGGAGAUUAAGAAGAUAGGGCUAGAGAAUGUUGUGCAAAUUGUGACGGAUAAUCAUGUUAGUCUCAAAUUAGCCGGUAUGGAAUUUUAGAUUUGAUUUAAUUUAUUUGAUAUUGAUUGAUGUGCUUUCUAAUUUCUUUAAAAUUGAAUGAUUGAAUACUAAUGAGAUGUUUGUUUAUUGGUUCUAGGUAAAUACUUGAUGGAUGAAUAUCCUCAUGUGUACUGGACACCGUGUGCUGCUCAUUGUCUCAAUCUCAUACUUAAGGAUAUCGGAAAACUACCAUUCGUGAAGAUGACCUUGAGUCAUGCUAUGGAGUUGACGGGUUUCAUUUAUUCACAUGGUUGGGUUUUGAGGUUUAUGAGAGAUCAAAUCAAUGCUCGAGAGCUUCUUAGACCGGCGGCAACGCGGUUUGCCACUUCAUUUUUGACUUUAUCAAGCAUCUAUAAGCAGAAGAAUAAUCCAAGGAAGAUAUUUUGCUCCGAAAAGUGGGUGGAAAGCAAGUGGGCAAGAGAUCCAAAGGGCAAAGAGACGGAGAAGACAGUUAAAAUGACUAACUUUUGGAAUAAUGUUGUUCGUGUUCUCAAGCUCAUGGGUCCUCUUGUUCGUGUUUUGAAGCUUGUUGAUAACGAGAGGAAGUCGGCCAUGGGGUU